AAGUGGUCGGCCGACGAGUAUGGGAGAUCCAGGAGCAGCUAAGGCGGGACAAGCUCCGGCAGCGGCGGCGAAGGGAGUGAAGGCUAGGAGAGGUAAAACGGCUUCGGUGGUGGCGAGGAAAACGCCGGCAAAUCGCAAGGGACCAUGAGGGCUUGGGAUGGACGAGGUGUCGGAGGAAAAGGGGGGUAAGGUUGCGCAGGAUAAGGCUGAUGAGGAUGACCAUGAUACGGCGGAGGAGGAGGUGGUUGGGGUGGUGGUGGGCCCCACUGAUUCUGCUGUGGAGGAGAAGGAGGAUGGGAGGGAGAGUGAGAAGGUUGGUAUUGGAAUUGGCCGGAAAACCACGAGUUUGUUGGUGGUGGAGGAGGGGGAGGCUGACUGUGGGGAGGAUAAUGUGAAUCCCCUGCCAUCAGCGGCGACGCUUGAGGUGGGUGGAGGUCUCAUACAGUGGAAGUUCAAUAUAUGUUUCUUGAUGGUUAAGCUUCAUUAAUGGAGUGCGUGCACCUUCGUUUUGUCUUUUCAGAGGGUAUUAUUUUAAGGUUUUAAGGAACUUGCUUUUAUAUAGGAGGAAAAUUAAGGAGGGAAAUGGAUGGAAAUAAGAAAAUUCCGCCUCACGUGACCGGCACAUGGCAAGUAAAACUGGAAAUUGUUGGGUCAACGCCUGAAAACCCAUUUAGGUUGUCUUUCGCAAAUUUAAUUUAGUUUAAGGUCUGUUUUCGCAAUUUUUUUUUUAAAAGGUUGUCUUUUACAAAAAAAUGGUUAUAAAAGGUUGUCUUUAGCAAAUUUUCCUAAUUUAAGUGGUUAAUCAUUUGUAAAGUGUUGCAACAGUGUUUGCAUAUAAAAUAACAUUUUUAAAA